AUGUAUUACUUUUUGUUAUUAAUCAUUAGCAGUAAUCAAAAAUUUUUUUCCUUUCAGGUUCAAGCACGUCUAGCUCUUAUGAAUAAAGAUUUUCGAGAAGCUGAAAGAAUUUAUCUCGAACAGAAUGCAUUAGAUGAAAUUAUUGAAAUUUAUCAGCAAAUUGGCAAAUGGGAUGAAGCAUUUGAGUUAGCUCAAUCACAAAAUCAUCCAGACUUGGAAACUGUUAAAGCACGAUACUAUCGUUAUUUAUUUGAUACAGGUCAGGAUGGAAAAGCUGCACAAAUAUCAGAACGUGAUGGUGAUUUGCUUGUUGCAAUUGAAUUAUAUUUGAAAGCUGGUUUGGUCAUUCAAGCUGCUCGUAUCCUUUUGCAAAAUUCAAAACUUUUAUUUAAAGAUGAUUUAGUACAAAAUGUUAUUACAGCAUUGAUACAAUCUGAUCAAUUUGAAAAAGCUGGUGAAUUAUUUGAAGCAAUAAAAAAUUUUGAACAAUCAUUGGAAAAUUAUCAAAAAGGAAAAAGUUAUGCAAAAGCUAUUCAGCUAGCACGAAUACAUUUUCCGGAAAAAGUUAUUUCACUGGAAGAGGAUUGGGGUGAUUAUUUGAUUGCAGAAGGAAAUUAUGAUGCAGCAAUAAAUCAUUUUCUUGAAAGUGGAAAAACAGCAAAAGCACUUGAAGCAUCAAUUAAAGCAAAACAAUGGAGUAGAGCUGCACAAAUUGUUGAUGUAAUUGAAGAUAGCGAACUGGCAAAACGAUACUAUGGCAAAAUUGCUGAUCAUCAUGCAAGUAUUGGUGAUCUUGAGCGAGCUGAAAUGUUAUACAUUGAAGCAAAAAUGCAUCGAGAAGCAAUCGAAAUGUAUAAUAAAGCUUCCCGAUGGGCUGAUUCAUAUCGGUUAGCUACAGAAUUUAUGGGAGUUGAGAGUGAUCAAAUGUAUGAAGAAUUAGCACAAACAAUGGAAAAUAGUGGUCGUUUAAAGGAUGCAGAGCAGCUAUAUAUUGCAAUUGGACAAGUUAAUAAUGCUAUUGCAAUGUAUAAGAAAACAGAUCGAAUUGAUGAUAUGAUAAGAUUGAUGGAAAAAUAUCAUAUCGAGAAUGUCAAAGAAACUCAUCUUCAAGUGGCAAUUGAUUUGGAGGAAAAAGGUAAUUUACGAGAAGCAGAAGAGCAUUAUUUACUUGCUAAUGAAUGGAAAAAAGCAGUUAAUAUGUAUCGUAAUGCUGAAAUAUGGAAUGAUGCUUAUAGGAUUGCUAAACAGGAAGGUGAUGAUAUGGCACAAAAACAGAUUGCAUUUUUGUGGGCAAAAAGUUUAAAUAGUGAUGCAGCAGUGAAAUUAUUGCAGAAAUUUAAAUUACUAGAUGAAUCGAUUGAUUAUGCAUGCGAAAAUGGAGCAUUCGAUUUUGCAUUUGAUUUGUGUCGUUUGGAAGCAAAAAAUCGUUUACCAUCAGUGCAUUUCAAAUUAGCACAACAAUUGGAAGAGGAAGGUGAAUUUGAAAAAGCUGAAAUGCAUUUUAUAGAAAGUGGUAAGCCUAAAGAAGCUAUAUUAAUGUAUAUUCAUGAUCAAGAUUGGGAAAAUGCUGAACGAGUUGCAAAAAAGCAUAGUCCAGAAACAUUAUCUGAUGUAUACAUUCGACAAGCUCGAAUGGCAAUUGAGCAAAAAAAUUUUGCAUGUGCCGAAAGUUGCUUACUUCGGGCAAAUCGUCCUGAAAUAAUUUUACGAUGUUAUAAAGAAUUAGAAAUGUGGCAAGAUGCUAUACGUAUUGCUAAAGAUUAUAUGCCAGCAGAAUUAAAACAUUUAGAAGAGGAAUUUGAUCAAGUACAGCUAAAAUCUGGCGCAAAAGGUAUUUUAUCAUUUAUUGCACAAGCACGAGAUUGGGAAAGUGAAGGUGAAUAUAUUCGAGCUAUUCAAUGCUAUCUAAAAGUAAAGGAUUCAGAGACAGCUGAUACUGAUACAGUUGUAAAUGCUUUAAAACGGGCUGGAGAAUUAGCAAUAAAAUUUCUCUCAGAUGAUGUAACUUCUGCAAUUGUUGAUGAAAUUGCAGAAAUUUUCAUUCAUUUGAAACGGUUUAUUGAAGCAGCUGAAUUAUUUUUGGCAUCAAAUCAACCGGAUAAUGCUAUUAAAGCAUUCUUGCUUGGUGGACAAUGGUCAAAAGCUAAAAAAUUAGCUAUCGAAUUUGUUCCGGAUUUAGCCGAUUUUGUGGAUGAAAAAUACCGGGAAUCAUUGAAACAGCAAGGUCGAUUAGGUGAAUUAAUGGAUGUUGAUAUUGUUAGCGCUAUUGACGCACUACUGGAACAUGGUCAGUGGGAAAAAGCGCUUGAAAUAGCACAUCAACAAAAACAUCAACCAUUGUUGGAUAAAUAUGUCGCAUUAUAUGCAACCGAAUUAAUUAAACAAAUGAAAUAUGAUGAAGCAUUGAUUACAUUUGAAAAAUAUGGUGCAUCUUCAAAUUCUAACAAUUUUAACAUUUAUCAAAGACUUAUUGAAGAAGUUAUUAACGUACGUAAUAUGAACAAUCCAAACGUUUAUAGAAAAUGGGCAACUUUACGAAAUGUUCUUCUUAUGGUAUGUAAUGGUAUGAAUACUAAAGAGAAGCAAAAAGAGUUAUUUAAUAGAUAUUUGGAGAUUGCUCAUUAUGGUGCAUUACGUUCAGCUAUUCUCGAAUAUACUGGAACAGAAAUAGAACGUAUUGUAGCUCAAAUUACGAUAAGCUUUAUUCGUUAUAGUGAUAUUAUGCAAGCUGAUAAAGUUUUUUAUGAAGCUGGGAUGGCAUGCAGAAAAUUGGGUACCACAAAAGAACGCUUAGCAUUUAUACUUUUAAAUCAUUAUCUUGAUUUAUGUGAUGCAAUUGAUGAUCAAAAUCCAUCAGCUAUUGAUUGCUCCAUUUUUGAUGGCACUGAUAUACCACAACAAAUAUUACUUCCUGCAACAAAAUAUACAUCUGAUGAUGAAUAUGAAGAAGUAAAAGAAUGGGUGUUAGCAAUUUCGAUGGAGCAAAGUAUAGAACGAAAUUUACCCUAUGAUAAUGAUGGUAAUUUUGAAGUAAGCUUAUUUGAUGCAAAUGGUAUAUCUCAUCCAGCAUGUCUUAUUUCAGGUUAUCCAACAUAUGGAAAUGUUAAAGAAUUUGGAUCAUCUGGUAGAGUAGCCGAUCGUGAUACAUGGAGUUGUUUCAUUAUGGCACAAAAGACAAAAUCAACUGAAAAUAUAAGCGAUGUAUUACAAUUUAUAGCAAAAUGGACACAAACAACAGCAUCAUUAUCAUUGUAA